GAAUGAAAAGUUUAAAAUUAAAACUGGAAAGCUUGAGACGUUGAGUUUGGAAACGAUUGGAUUAUUGCUCUGUUUUGAUAUUUAAGUUGAAUGUAUUAAUGAACUGUCAAUUAUUCACUUCAACAUGUCUGUAACACCAGCACCAAAUCCUACUGACAUUACAGGAUUUCAAUUCAAACUAUUCAGUAAAUUAAAGAUAUUUCCUGAUGAUCAACAAUUGCAAGUCACCAAUCCAUUAAGUCUUGUAGCAUCUUCAUCAAAAUAUGGUUUACUCUUUGUUGGUUGUCCAACUGGAUUUAAAGUUAUUCAAGUAUCAGGGCUUGAAUCAGCUCAAGAAUCUCAAGGAAAAAGUCGCAGUGAACUGACAGAGUACCCAAGAAGAGACAUUCAGCUUCCCUCCCAGCCUUCACAUGUGGCUGUCAACUGUGAUGGCACUCUCUUGGCAGUGGUGAUCAAUGUCAAUGGCGCUGAACUGGUCAGAGUUUACUCGGUUGCUCAGUUCUUGAGCCAGACCGUACAAGUGCUUCAGGAGGUUAGAGGCAGCACUACAGCGGGAUGUGUGGCCAUUGGUUUGUCGUGGAAUCCAGGAAUAUCCAAUAUGUUGGCGGUAUGCUUUUCUGAUGGAUCAGCUAGUGUCUACGAAUUCAAGGGAGCCUCUUACAACAUCAACACCAUUCCAACUGAUUCCAAAUCAACAUGCAUGUGCUGGAGUCCGAAGGGAAAGCAGAUAGUGUUUGGCUCGCUGAAUGGCACACUCACCCAAUACAAGCCAGAGUUGAAAGCUGUGAAAAGCAUCCAGGCGCCAGACAUGAAUCAGCGUCCAGUGUCCACAGUCAGCGUGCAAUGGCUCUCCAACUUCCAGUUUGCUGCUGUUUACAAAGACUUGACGGAUGAGAUUAACGGUUCACAUAUUAUGCUAGUGAAUACUCCCAAGAACGGACCAGUGACAUUUGUCGACUAUGAGGAUAUCUGCUACAGUUCGGCACAUCUUCGCUCUGCUCAGUUCUAUUUGGAACACAUUCAAGCAUGGAACCUGUUACUUGUUGCGUCGGCGAACGGCAUGGAGGUUGGUGUUCUGGGUGUUGAAGGGAGCGAUGGCAGUUGGAUACAAUGGAUCCUGGACGACUCCUCUAGGGCUGAACUGCCUCUUGAUAAAGACCACCAAGAGACAUUGCCAAUUGGAAUGACCUGGAAUACCAAUUCACAGCACAAAAUGCCUGUCGGUGAAAACCAGUUCCUGCCGCCGAUGCCGCUGCUGUGCGUCUACUCGCACAAGGGCUCUCUGUGUGUGUUCGCGGCUGUCAACCUGUUGCCUGCCGCCGCGCAGUUGUGCAACGUUGCCGAAUUGCCGGUCGACCAGAGUGGCCUCAAUCUGUUCGUCAACUCGGAGCAGCCGAUUGCCGCCGCUGCACCCCCGCCUACUUAUUCGCCUGUGACUCCUGAGAAGGAACCGGUGCCAGCCGCGGCAAAUGUUGCAACGGACCAAGGAACGCCAAAGGGAUUCCAGCUUUCUUUCAUGACAGGGGCCACCCCCACUGUAAAGGCUCAGGUGCCAGUCUUUGAUGUCUCAGCGGCUGCUCCGUCUCAAACUGCUCCGAAAACUUGGGAUCUUGGUUUUGAUAAAGCAAAGGAAGCAUCGGCUGGGAAACCAGCGUCAACAGGUGGAUCGUCACUAUUUGGAGGAACUUCACAAGGAUUCACUUUCCAGCCUUCUCAAAAUGUGUCUUUUGCUUUCCCAACCGGUGGUGGUCAGAAUUUUGGAAAUUCAACAAAUUUAAUGACUCCAUCCAAUCCGGUAUCUAAUCUACAGUCGUUUGUGAGCAGCACCCCAAUAGCUCCUGCUGCCAGCAAGGCUCAGCCACAAAAAGUACCUCAACCACAACAACAACAGCAACAACAACAACAGCAGCAACUACUACAACAACAGCAGCAACAGCAAACUCCUCAACAACAAACAACAGAAAAGCCGAGUGAACCAACACCGCCAGUUCAAGAUGAAGAAGAGGAAGAGAAGCCUGAAAUUCCUGCUGAAGUGGUGCAGGCAGCAUUUCUUGAAGAAGUCAAGCAUUUCGAUUCCGAGCUGAGAGAAAUGAUGAAUGACCUCAAGAUUGACAACGCCGAAGAUGAAGAAGAGGAAGAGAAGCCUGAAAUUCCUGCUGAAGUGGUGCAGGCAGCAUUUCUUGAAGAAGUCAAGCAUUUCGAUUCCGAGCUGAGAGAAAUGAUGAAUGACCUCAAGAUUGACAACGCCGAAAAAUAUGAUGACGAGGCUCAACGUAAACUGAAUGGAGACCUAGUUCUAUUAGAGGAUUACUUUAGUAAGCAAUUAGAAAGUACAAAAGAACUGCAGAACGAAGUUAAAAGCUUGAAAAUGGCUGGAUUAGAAUUGGUUGGCUAUAUUGAAGAUUCUAAGAGACGUCUUCAUCAACAUAAAAAGCCUGGCUUCAAGAAACUGGUUUUCUCGAACGAACUCGACCCGAUGAGUGCGCGUCGCUUGGAGAGCAUCGACAAGAGCAUCUACUACGUCGAGAGCCAACUCAAUCAGUCAAACAAAAUCUUGGAAGAGAAAUGGGCACUAAAUCAAGACCAUCUGAAAAUAUUAAGGAGUAAAAAGUUUAUUCCACCUGGAGAAGAACUGUAUCGUACUGUAAUUAAUCAAAGCAAUAUUUUGAAUUCUCAAAAAUUCAAGUUGGAGAAGUUGAAAAAUCAGAUAAAUGAUUUUAAAGAAAUGGUAUUCAGUGAAUCAAGUUUAUCUCAUUCAAAUAUAAAACAUCUGAAAACCUCUUCAGAUCUCACAAAAUUGGCCGAGAAUUUGCUGCGUGUUGAUUUGAAUAAAUCGUCUUCAAAUCGUUCCCGGUCAUCAUUAAACAAGUCGGCAACAUUCAAUUUACUCGAUGCUACUGCUGCAUCUACAUCCAGCAGCAUGAUGGAUGAAUCCAAAGACUUCAGUGAGAGCAGACAACUUCCCAGCGAUGUGAUGGUGCGUCGAAUCCCCAAAGUGAUAACACAGCCGCCAUUCAACAUGACCGGAAGAGAAAGAGCGUCGUUCAUUGCUGAGUCUCUGGUGCAUAACCAUAGAAUUUGCAACACGGUUGUCUCGAAAGCUGUGGCAAGUUUGAGUCCGACGAAACCUGCUGAUUUCAAAACUCCCUCAAAAGAUUCUCCAAAGAAAUCAGAAGCUGUGAAAAAUGUUCCGAACUUGUUCAAGCUGCCUAGCGAACAAACUAACAAACCAAAGGGAGAGAGUGUGAAGGCACUUGACUUCAGCCCUAAUUCUUCUCCAAGCUUUGGAAAUCAAUCUCAGAUGUCCUUCUUCAAAACACCCACCAAACAACCUGAAUCAACAAUUGCAAAACCUUUCUCAUCCAGUUUUGAGACUCCCGUUCCGAAAAAUCAGAGCAACAGAGAGAAUGUGGGGCCGUUUGGAGGGUUUUCUGCCCUUAGUAAUACAACAGCAACUGUGACUGAGCAAGCUCCCACUGAUUCUCCAUUUGCUGCAAAGCUCGCAGAAAAACAGCCUGUGAAUUCACCAUUCUCCGGAAAGCCUCUUGAAAAUCAGUCUAUUUUCUCGUCUGGAUCUGGAGUUGCACAGGAAGGCAAGUCACCUCUUGCAUCGAUAUCCAACUUAUUGGAAGGGUUAGCACCGAAAGCUGAUAGCAAAUCUAGUCAGCCAGCGACUUCGUUCGUGUUGAGUACUAAGACCGAUAAAACACCUCCAACGAGUACUACAAGCUUCUUUGCUGGUUUGAAGAACACUGAUACAACAGCACCAGCAACAAAUCUUUUUAGUUUUUCAACUCCCACAAAAUCUGAAGGCAAAGAUAGCGCUGCCACUAGCGCAAGUCAGCCGUUUUUCAAAGGUGUGAAUCUGUUUGGUGGUGUAGGUGCAUCCUCAGAAGGAAAAGAAACGGGUACCGCGUCGUCCCCUUUUGCAAGCAAUGCAUCUCUGUUCGCUGGUAAGCCACUGGUUUUUGGUGCAGGAUCCGCUACUCAAACGACUGGGGCAAGCAGUGGAGAUAAACCGAUUUUUGGUGGUGUUUCUUCCUCUACCACAGUAUCGACCACUACUACCACCACAGCUACACCUACUUCUGUUAGCACUGUACAAGAAACUGCCAAAGUAGAUACUACAACAACUAGCCUAACUUUUGGAAAGCUAGUGAGAAAAUUGCUGACUCCACGGAGGCAGAACCUGUGAACUGGCUUGCAAACAAAUUUGAUGUUUGGAGGUGGUUCCGUACAGAAACCAACAACGGCAGCAGCUGAUUCCAAAAGUAACUUGUUUGCGUUUCAACCGUCAGCUGGGUUCUCUUUUGCUCAACCACCCAAGGAAACAGCAGAUAAAGUUGAAGGUGCAAAGGUGGCUGAGAGUUCUGCAACACCACCAGUGGCAGUUAGUGGUAGUGAUAGUACUGCCAAGACUGCAUCAGAUAAGGGUACCGGUAGUAUUUUUGGUGGUGGUUUGGUUUCUGGAGAAAAAGCAAGUAUUUUCGGUGGAAGUGCAGAAAAAAGUAGCGUGUUUGGUGGUGGCACUGCCGAUAAAGGUGGUAUUUUUGGUGGUACUGCAGAAAAAGGCAAUGGUUUUGGUGGGAAUACAGUUGCUGCUGCUGAUAAGGGCAGUAGUAUAUUUGGUGGAAGUUCUGAUAAAGGAGGACUUUUCGGUGCUGCCAGUACAGUGUCAUCGUCUCCUGUGAGCUUCUCAUUCACACAGAGUUUGGCCAACGCGGCAGUUUCUACUUCUACAGCGACUCCAACCCAAGGGACAUCCCCAGCAACAACCUCAGCAACCCCACAGCCUGGGUCCGCUACAGGGUUCCCUGUUGUAAGUGCUGCAACUUCAUCCACAACAACUCCACAACCAACAACCUUCUCGAAUUUCCUCGUGACGAGUACAGUUUCGGAGAGUACAACAGUUAGCGCACCUGAAACCACACCAUCGUCAACGGGUAUCAGCUUUUCAAACUUUAAUUUCGGAUCAAGCGCUCAACAACCAGCCGAUGCAAACACUAAAAUGGGCGGCCUCAGUUUUGGACAGUCGGCCAGUGGUAUUUCGGGAUCGAUCUUUGGUGGUGCUACAACUAUCACCCCUGUACAAUCAACGAAUGUGUUUGGGGGAGGUGCUGCCGCAACAACUGCAGAAUCGACAAAAACGCAGGCGCCGUUCAGUUUUUCGAUCUCGGACUCGCAGAACAGCAAUACAGCUACGCCCAAGUCGUCGUUCUUCGGCUCGAAGCCGCUGUUUGGGACGCCGACGGCCACCAGUCAGCAGCAGCCGACGGGAGGCUUCUUUGGAGCCGCAACCACCACUGCGACGGCCGCCACUAAGCCGGAGGGCACCGGUCUGUUCGGGCAGGCCACUCUGUCGUCGCCGUUCGGCCAGAGUCAGCCGCAGUCGUCGUUCGGAGGCCCGCCCACUUUUGGACAGCCGGCCGGGGGUUCAUUGUUCGGACAAAGUCCCAGUUCAGGGUUUGGUUCUCAAGGCUCGUCCGUGUUUGGUGGGGGUGGAUCCAUGUUUGGAGGGGGCACGACUGCUGACACCACUGCUAAUCAGCCUUCCGGCGGAUUGUUCUCAAGCCCUGCUACUGGAGGACUUUUUGGCAACAGUAAUUCUCUUGCUAGUCCAGUUGGCUCUUUCAGUCAACCAACUUCUCCUUCCAUCAGUCAGACUGGCUUCGGAACAGCAUUUCAAAAUAAGCCAGCUACAUUUGGAGGUCAACCAGCUUUCGGUGCGCCUUCCUCAUUUGGUGGAGCUCCCACGUUCGGAGGCUCGGCCACUUUUGGAAGUCCCAACAAAGUGUUCGGCUCUCCUCAGUCAGCUGGAGGUUUUGGAGCGAGCACCCAGCAGUCGGCGACAUUCGAGAACCUGGCCAACCAGAACACCAUGUCGUUCGGCAACUUGGCUCAGCAGCAGCAGCAGUCGCCGGGAUUCGGUAACACUGCCCCCUUAUUUGGCUCCCCGCAGCAGGCCACUCAGAGCUCGCCGCCCGCUUUUCCAAACACAUUCGGGGGUUCAGCAGCUUUCAGCAGCUGGCGAUGAAGAGAUAUACUUUUACAUCUUCUCAGUUUAUAAAAUGGACUUAGGGCCAAUACUUGUCAUUUUCUACUCUUACUUGCAAGUUUAAGGCUGGCAAUUACAAUAUGAUAUUACUUUUUCAUCUAUGAUAUCAAAUUUUUAUAUUAUAUUUUUAAUUGAUCAAUAAGCGUUCUUGAUAGUUAAUGAACAAUCAUUUUUUUAAUUUGCCAUAAACAUAUUCUAUUCUGUACUUUCUUGAUGUUCAAUUUUCUCGAUGCUCAGUUUUGAAUCUGUAUCAAAUAAUAAAAUGUUACUGUAAUUGAAU